GUGGAUCGUGCCAUUCCUGUCGUUGGUUCGCAGGAUCGCCUCCAGUUCGCAUACGUCUUUAACUCCAAGGUGAAGUUGGAUGUGAGCGAUGGACACAUUUGGGUCUCUGUCUUCACUAGGCCCGCUCACAGUCGAUUCACCAGAGUGGAAAGAGUAGCCUGCUGUCUGCUCAUUCUCUUCCUGACCAUGGUCUCCUCCUGCAUGUUCUACCGCAAUGAGGGACCUGUGGUGACCGACGCCCAAUUCACCAUCGGACCCUUUGCUAUAACGCCCUCGGUGGCGUUCACAGGUCUUCUCUCCAGCCUAAUCACGUUUGUUCCUGUCGCAAUCAUUAUCACAAUGUUUCGCAAGUCCAGACUGCGAGUGAGUCAUGCUGCCCUGCUGAGGGAUGCCGUGGAAGACCAUCUGGACGAGGAUCUGGAUGUAUAUGAGAAGGAGGAGAAGCGAACCACGCCACCG